AUGUAUCGUCAAGUGCUCAUUGCGCCGGAGGACCAACGAUUUCUGCGAAUCGUUUGGCGAGAGGACCCAUUACAACCGCUAAGAGUAAUGGAACUAAAUACGGUCACAUAUGGAACAACUUCGGCUCCGUACCAAGCAAUGCGCUGUCUCAUGCAACUAGCUGAGGAUGAAACUUUGGAUUUCUCUGUCGCUUCUCGGACCUCGAGGGAAGAUUUCUACGUCGAUGACGUAUUAUCCGGCGCCGAUACGUUGGAUGAGCUCAGCGAAUUUCACUCCCAAUUGAAGGCUAUGCUAGCUAGCGGUGGCUUCCAAUUACCCAAGUGGUGUUUUUCCUAA